AUGCCUCUCUUGACCUCCUCCUCUUUCUCCUCAGCACCUCCUCCCCCCCCUCACCAUGAGCUACACCUCCUCCCCCCCCCUCACCAUGAGCUAGUCCUUCCUCACAUGCCUCUCUUGACCUCCUCCUCUCUCUCCUCAGCACCUCCUCCCCCCCCUCACCAUGAGCUAGUCCUUCCUCACAUGCCUCUCUUGACCACCUCCCUCUCUCUCCUCAGCACCUCCUUCUCCCUCACCAUGAGCCGGUCCUUCCUCACAUGCCUCUCUUGA